UCCUCCGUGUUCACAGAAAGCUCGCUCCCACACACACCACCACCGCUACCAACAACACACCGCUCCUCCUUUUCCUCCACAACAACAACAACAACAUAUAUCUGUUAUUACUCGGGUGCGGCGGCGCGCGGCGGAUUUCGUAUACGUACGUCCUUGCCGACGGCGGCGGCGGCAUGGGGAGGUCCCCGUGCUGCGAGAAGGCGCACACCAACAAGGGCGCCUGGACCAAGGAAGAGGACCAGCGCCUCAUCGCCUACAUCAAGGCCCAUGGCGAAGGAUGCUGGAGAUCCCUACCCAAAGCCGCAGGGCUGCUGCGGUGCGGGAAGAGCUGCAGGCUGCGGUGGAUCAACUACCUCAGGCCGGACCUCAAGCGGGGCAACUUCACCGAGGAGGAGGACGAGCUCAUCAUCAAGCUACACGAGCUGCUCGGCAACAACCUCGCGCCCUACCAGGCGGAUGACGAGCCAGCGGUGAAGCAGGAACCCGCGGGCCACAAUGCCGCGGUGUGCCUGUGCCUGAACCGCCUCGGGCUCCAGGGCGCCGCCGAGGGGUGCAGCUGCGGGGGCGCCGCCGCCGCUUCUUCCUCCAUGCAGCAGCAGCAGGCCAGCACGCAGCGCAUGUUUAGAUUCAUCGCACCACUAGAGGGAGGCCAAUAGUAGCACCAGUAACACUAGUAACAGUGACAUCGGACAUACUGCUUUUUAACUAAAGACACACAUGCUUAAUUAAUUAACUACU